GUGUCUGUGUGUAGAUGUACUCCAUCCGCAGCCUGCCCAGCAUGGUGUACCGGGAGCAGCCAGAGGAAGACGGAGUCGAGGACAUGACGCAGCUGGAGGAGCUGUCUGAGGGAUCUGUGCUGCUCAACCUGAACAAGAGGUUUGAGAGAGAGAUCAUCUAUACAUAUAUAGGUAGUAUCCUGGUCUCGGUGAACCCCUAUAGGAUGUUCAACAUGUACGGAACUGACAUGGUGCUGAAGCACAAGGGAACCGCUCUGGGAGAGAACCCUCC